AUGGCUAUUGCGGAGAAACAUGAGGCACAACAACAAACGCCUAACCUUGACUGGAUGAAACACAUAUGGAGUGUCAAAACAAGCCCGAAGAUUAAAGAUUUCUUGUGGAAAGUAGCCAAUAAAGCCAUUCCGGUGAGCGCUAAUCUAGAACGGCGAGGCCUCCCGGCUUUUGCUUGUAAGAAAUGUGGAGGGGUGGAAGAUGAUCUCCACGUCUUUCUCUUGUGCCCUUUUGCACGCAAUGUGUGGGAGCUUGCUCCCUUGAUGGAGGGUCCGGAACAGACUCUCCCAGCGCUUGAUAUAUUUCUUUAUCUUGCUAAUAAGAUGAUUGUUUUGCCCCCUGUGGGUCUUUAUAUCCCUUUGUGGCCAUGGAUCCUUUGGCAUUUGUGGAAAGCCCGUAACAAACUGAUCUUUGAUAACAGGUCUUUUACUGGAGAGGAAGUACUUCUCAAGGCAAUCAAGGACGCCAAGGAAUGGCAAUCCGCCCAGGUCGAAGGAGUCGCGACACAACAGCAACUAACCCAGAGAAGAAACCACUCCAUGAUACCGCAGCACCUAACUGGAAACAUCUGCCAUGUCGACGCAGCGUGGAGACAAGAAACAGAGACAUGUGGUAUUGGUGGCGUCUUUUCUGGACCAAAUCUCCCCUCCCCCCCGAUCAUCAGUUACUCUCGACGGUUCAUCACAUCAGCUUUGAUGGCCGAGGCCCUUGCGGUCCGUUCUGCAGUCAUGUUGGCUGCGUCGUCGAACAUCCAGUCCCUUACGAUAUUGUCUGACUCUCAGGUUCUCAUCUCACUGUUGAAGACUAAAGAUUCAAGACCUGCUCUGUACGGGAUUAUGUCCGACAUCUAUCAUCUCUCUCGCUUAUUUCAAUCUAUUAUCUUUCGCUUUGUACCUCGUUUAGAGAAUAGGGAAGCCGAUCAUGUGGCAAAAUCGGCUCUUAUUGCUACUAUUGUUCCUCCUUGUGGGGAGUAA